AUGGACCCGUUCGUCGCUCAACAACCUCCCCACUUACCAGGGAACUGCAUGACAGCUCACAACUUGAGCCCGGACGGAUUGGUCGUAUCAAACCGAGGGAGGAGGAGUCCAUACGGAAACGCGAUUGUUAGAUUGGCCACACUAGAGCGUUGGGCAUACGAACGAUCGAACGGUUCUACCGAAAGUUUUUUGGCCUUGUCUUACUCGCCUACCACGCCGGCGUCCGUUUCAACGGGAAGCUCAUUCCGAAGCGAAAGAGCAUAUGCAAACUCCCAGCGGAGUUCCAUGAUUGUCGAAAACAUCGAAGAUACCUAUAGCGAAUCGUCAUCCUCCAUAAUGUCUCCACCGAGUACAGUACCAACACUCUCUCGGUUUUCGUUGUCGACAGCAUCCAAUUCCCUCUCUGGAUCCAUUGACACAAAUACCGCAGCCAAGCUACCUCCGCGAUAUGCUCUUGAGGAGGAUACAGAUGGAAACCUCACUGCCCCUCCCGAAACGAGCAGUACAGGAAUUGGCCAUUACUGUUUCUUCCACAUAUUGGAUUGUAAUGAACGUUUCUCCGAUCUUGAAGAGUGGAAGACGCACGUGUUGAGCCACUUCCGCUUGGGCCCAUUGCCGGCCACUGCCCAGUGCCCAGCAUGCCCAUACCGGAUAUCGGACUCACACCACGGUGUCGCCUGGCGAAGAAUGCUAACACAUCUAGCAGAUCAACAUCUAAAGCAGGGAUAUCCCAUUCAAAACACUUGCCCAGACUUUGAGACAAUGAGACAUCUAUAUUGCUCCCACAUCAUCACUCGUGAACAACUGCGGCUUCUACAGCUUCCUGCAGCUCCACAUCGGCCGGGUUAUUCCCCGAGCCUGGAUUCGGUAAGGGCCAGGAUCGGCUCCUCGGACGACCCAUGUGUCGUUUACAUGAACCGGCACCGUGAGCGAAGGAUGAGAGAACGGUCUCGUAAAAUCAGUGUUGCUUGA